AUGGGCUGGGGUCUGCAGGGCCUCCCAGGACCGAAGGGGGAAGCGGGGAUUGAUGGAGUGAAAGGAGAGAAGGGUGCCCAGGGUGAAAAAGGAGACCGAGGGCCACUGGGAUUACCCGGUACUCCAGGACCAAUUGGGGUUUCUGGACCAGCAGGACCAAAAGGAGAAAGGGGUAGUAAAGGAGAUCCUGGAGUUGUAGGACCAAUGGGACCAGCAGGACUUCCUGGAUUACAAGGUCUACCUGGUGACAAAGGAAUCCGGGGGGAGAGGGGCAAGAAAGGCUCUAGAGGGUCUAAAGGGGAUAAAGGAGACCAAGGAGCACCUGGAUUAGAUGCACCCUGUCCGUUGGGGGAAGACGGCCUUCCAGUUCAAGGCUGCUGGAAUAAGUGAUGAUUCUAACCCUGGACUGGCCUGUGUGUGUUAUUGUAUAUAGAAUAUUUAUUUUUAUACAGUGGUGUUCUCUGAAAUGCCAAAAGUUACGCAUUUUUACAAAUUAUCAAAAAGCUGCAUAUUUUUUAUACAGAAAAUACUAGAUCUGCCUUCUUCCCCCUUUGUCAGUUCUGUAUAAUUCUGUCUGCAUUAUGCUUGUUUUGUCAUGGAGUACAGCUGUAAUAUUUACAUGGUAUUUGUGCGCACAUGAUGAAUAUAGGAACUUAAUAAAUUAUUGCAUUAAAAGUGCCCAAAGGAACUGCCCUGUAUAGAUUUAAAGGUCAUUUUCAUUUUCCAACCUGGAAUCAUUCAAGACUAUUUCAAAACGCUAUGUAUGUUUUAUUAAAGUGAAAUAUUAACGAU